AUGGGUUCCCUGUGGAGCUGGUGGACGCUGUGGGCCGGAGUCGCCCUCCUAUGGGGGUCGACCCAGCAGGCCGCUGUGAAACCCAAGAAUGCCAGGGGACAGGAAUACCUCGCGGCCUUCCUGCAGAACUACGAACUCAGCUAUAGCCAGGCCAGCCUUCAUCUGUUCCUCACCAGUAUGUCAGACCAGCCCACCACGGUGUCCAUCCUCAGCCAAGUUGAUGGCACCUUGCAGAAUGUCACCGUGGGCCCCGGGCAGUCGAUCAUGAUCAACAUCAGCAGCAAGGCCGAGAUGACGAGCAGUAACACCUUCCAGAGUGCGGUGGUGAUCCGCUCGGACCAUGCCAUCUCCGUGCAGGCCGUCAACGUGAAGCCCAGGACGGCCGAGCUGACGCUGCUGCGGCCAGUCAGUGAGCUGGGCACUGAGUACUUCGUGCUCACGCCACCCAGCACAUCGGCCAAGAACGUCGAGGAGUUUGCAGUGGUGGCAGGGGCCGCGGGGGCCGACAUCAAGGUGCAGCUGAAGGGAUCCGUCAUGUUCCAGCGUAAGUUCUACCCAGCUGGCCAGGUCCUGAGUGUCACUCUGCAGCCCUACCAGGUGGCCCAGAUCCAGAGCGACAUGGACCUCUCAGGGUCAAAGGUUACGGCCAGCAGCCCUGUGGCUGUCUUCUCCGGCCACAGCUGCGCCCAGAAGCACACGAGCUGCAACCACGUCAUGGAGCAGCUGCUCCCCACGUCUGCCUGGGGCACCCACUACGUGGUGGCCACCUUGGCCUCACAGACCCGUUACGAUCUGGCGUACGUGCUGGCCAGUCAACCCACGAAGCUGACCUAUAACCAAGGGGGCACAGCCAGCUCCCGUGGGCUCCGGGAAGGUGACGUGGCCGAGUUUGAGAUCCAGCCCUCCCGGCCCCUCUACCUGACGGCAGAUGUGGGCAUCCAGGUCCUGGUAUUCGGCACAGGAGCUGACAGGGACAAUGUGACCUAUGACCCUUACCUGGCUGUGGUGCCAGACGUGGCUUCCUACUGCGAUUCCUACAUUAUCAAGACCAUGCCAGGCUCCCAGGGUGUGGCCCUGGUGGUGGCCCCCCAGAAGGAUGUGGACCAGCUGACCGUGGACGGCCACGCACUUGGAGCCAAGCUCAAGUGGACCCCAGUGUCAGGCAGUGACUUCUCCUACACCGAAGUGGACCUGGGCACCGAGGACAGGACCCACCUGGCUGAGGCCCCCGCCCGCUUCGGGCUGCUUACCUUCGGGCUGGAGGAGGCCGUGGGCUUCGCGACCGCUGGCGCCUGCAGCUCUACCUCACUGUCCCCAGAAGUAGCCUCCUGUGACAACCUCCAGUGCCCUCCGGGACAGCACUGCGAGGUGGCCGAGGGCAAAGCAAAGUGCGUGGAGGACCUGAAGGUCACCUGCUACGUCCAGGGAGACCCCCACUACACCACCUUUGACGGGCGUCGCUACGACAUGAUGGGCACGUGCACCUACACCAUCUCUGAGCUGUGCAGCCAGGACGACGACCUGCCUGCCUUCAGCGUGGAGGCCAAGAACGAGCAUCGCAGCAGCCGCCUCGUGUCCUACGUGGGCUACGUCACCGUGCGCGCUUAUGGGCACUCGGUGUCACUGGCCCGUGGGGAGGUUGGACUCGCCCGGAUCGACAACCAGCGCUCGCGGCUGCCCGUCUCGCUGGACAACGGCCGCAUGCGUGUGUACCAGAGUGGCCGCCAGGGCAUUGUGGAGCUGGACUUCGGUCUGGUGGUCACCUACGACUGGGACUGCCAGCUGACGGUGACCCUGCCCGCCGCCUUCCGCGACAAGGUAUGCGGCCUCUGUGGCAACUACAAUGGCAACCCCAAGGACGACUUCCUCACGCCCGAUUUGGAGGAGGCGUCCAACCCCGUGGAACUGGCCAGUAGCUGGAGACUCGACGACGGAGACUACCUGUGUGACGAUGGCUGUGAGAACGACUGCCCAUCCUGCACCCCGGGCCAGGCCCAGCACUAUGAGAACGACCGGCUCUGUGGGAUGCUGACCAAGAAGAAGGGCCCCUUUGCCGCCUGCCAUGCCGUCCUGGACCCCCAGUCCUUCCUCAAAGAUUGUGUCUAUGACCUCUGUGUGAUGGACGGUGACCGGCCCAGCCUCUGCCGCAGCCUCAGCGCCUAUGCCCAGGCCUGUCUGGAGAAGGGCAUCUCCGUCGGGGACUGGAGGGGACCGGCCAACUGCCCUCUGUGCUGUCCCCCCAACAGCCAGUACAAGCCCUGUGGCCCAGCCUGCCAAGCCUCCUGCAACCCCUCAGCCAUGCCCUCUAACUGCUCGUCGCUCCCGUGCGUUGAGGGCUGCGUGUGCCUCCCCGGGUUUGUGGCCAGCGGUGAUGCCUGUGUGCCAGCCUCUUCCUGCGGGUGCGUCUUCCAGGACCUCCUGUUGGCCCCUGGUGAGAAGGUUUGGGCAGACCAGGACUGCCGUCGCCGCUGCGUCUGUGAUGGCGCCACCCACCAGGUGCACUGCAGUGACACCCAGGGCUGCCCAGACGGAGAGCAGUGCCUCAUCCAGAAUGGCAUCCUGGGUUGCUACCCCGAAAGCUUCGGGACCUGCCAGGCCACCGGAGACCCACACUACUUGACUUUCGAUGGCCGGCGCUUGAACUUCAUGGGCACCUGCAUAUACCUGCUGACCGGCUUGUGCAACCAGACCUCCGGGCUGACCGCCUUCCGUGUGCUGGUGGAGAAUGAACAUCGUGGCAACCCGACCGUAAGCUACACGCGCGCUGUGCGCGUGGAGACCCUGGGCGUGACUGUGGAGAUCCGUCGGGAGUACCCCAGCCGGGUGCUGGUGGACGGCGUCCUCUACUACCUGCCUUACCAGGCGGCUGGCGGGCAGAUACACAUUUACCGCCAAGGUAAAGAUGCCGUGGUGCGCACAAACUUCGGUCUGACAGUCACCUACGACUGGAAGAGUCGGGUGAUCGCCAAGGUGCCAAGCAGCUAUGCCGGGGCCCUGUGUGGGCUCUGCGGGAACUUCGAUGGGGACGCAAGUAACGAGCUGACCCUGCGAGGUGGCGGCAAGACCACCAGUGUUCUGGAGUUUGGAAACAGUUGGCAGGAAGAGACCACGCCAGGCUGCGGUGCCUCUGAGCCCGGCAACUGUACCGACCUGGAGAGCCUGGUGGCUGAGCAGCUGGCGAACAAUACGGAGUGUGGGAUCAUUGCCGACCCUAACGGGCCCUUCCAGGAGUGCCACUCGGUGCUGGACCCCCUCGGUGCUGUGCAUGACUGCGUCUAUGACCGCUGCCUGGUGCCUGGAGACUCUUCCUUGUGUGAUGCCUUGGCUGCUUACGCUGCUGCGUGCCAGGCUGCCGGGAUCACCGUGUACCCCUGGAGGAACGAGAGCUUUUGCCCGAUGUUGUGCCCGCCCCACAGCCACUAUGAGCUGUGCUCCACGGGCUGCCCACUGUCCUGCGGUGAGCUGCCGGUGCCCGGGGGCUGCGGCCAGGACUGCCACGAGGACUGCGUGUGCGACGAGGGCUUCGUGCUGAGUGGCGACAUCUGCGUGCCCCGGAACAACUGCGGCUGCGCCUACCAGGGCGCCUACUACCCGCCCGGCCACACCUUCUACCCCGGCCCCAACUGCAGCUCCCUGUGCCACUGCCAGCAGGACGGCGUGGUGUCCUGCCAGGCCGCCAGCUGUGGCCCGCACGAGGCCUGCCGGCCCAGCAACGGUGCGCUGGGCUGCGUCUCGGUGGGCUCAGUCACCUGCCAGGCGUCGGGAGACCCCCACUAUACCACCUUCGAUGGCCGCCGCUUCGACUUCAUGGGCGCCUGCCUGUACGUACUCGCAAGCACGUGCAAGGACCGGCCCGGCCUGCCGCAGGUCCCCAGCCUGCCCCAGUUCACAGUCCUGCAGGAAAACAUGCACUGGAACGGGAACCGCGUGAGCGUGACCAAGGCCAUCACCGUGAUUGUAGGGAACUACACCAUGCGGCUGGAGCAGAAGUUGUGGAAGGUCAAGGUGAACGGAGUGAUCAUGAACCUGCCGGUGGUGCUGGACAACGGCAAGAUCCAUAUCUUCAAGCACGGCAAGGACGCGGUGAUCGAGACCAGCUUCGGCCUGCGCGUGGCCUACGACCUCAAGUACAACGUGCGGGUCACCGUCCCGGGCAGCUACUACCAGCAGCUGUGCGGCCUGUGUGGCGACUAUAACGGCGACCCCAAGGAUGAUUUCCAGAAGCCCAAUGGCUCCCUGGCCAGCAACCCCAACGACUUCGGCAACUCGUGGGAGCAGAAGGUGCCCGGCUCGCCAUGCCUGCCGCCGCCCCCCACCACCUGCCAGCCCGGCGGGGACUGCGGGGAGGGUGAGAUGUGCACACCCCAGCAGCAGCAGCAGUUCCAGCAGGACGGUUUCUGCGGCUUCCUCACCAAGCCAAACGGGCCACUGGCUGCCUGCCACUCGCUCAUCGACCCUCAGGGGGCCCUGCAGGACUGCGUGUUCGACAUGUGCGCGGGCAAUGGGGACAAAGACAUCCUCUGCUCCAGCAUCCAGGACUAUGUGAGUGCCUGCCAGGCCGCAGGGGGCCAAGUGAAGCCCUGGAGGAACGAGUCAUUCUGCCCCAUGACCUGUCCCCCCAACAGCCACUAUGAGAUCUGUGCAGACACCUGCUCCCUGCAGUGCGCCGCUCUCAGCGAGCCCCAGAAUUGCCCCGACAGCUGUGCUGAGGGCUGCCAGUGUGACACUGGCUUUCUCAACAGUGGUCAGGACUGCGUGCCCACACAGGACUGUGGCUGCUACCACAACGGCAUCUACUAUAAGCCAAACACGACCGUGCUCCUGGACAAGUGCCGUCGCCGCUGCGUCUGUGACGGCGCCACCCACCAGAUGCACUGCAGUGACACCCAGGGCUGCCCAGACGGAGAGCAGUGCCUCAUCCAGAAUGGCAUCCUGGGUUGCUACCCCGAAAGCCUCGGUACCUGCCAGGCCACGGGAGACCCACACUACUUGACCUUCGAUGGCCGGCGCUUGAACUUCAUGGGCACCUGCAUAUACCUGCUGACCGGCUUGUGCAACCAGACCUCCGGGCUGACCGCCUUCCGUGUGCUGGUGGAGAAUGAACAUCGUGGCAACCCGACCGUAAGCUACACGCGCGCUGUGCGCGUGGAGACCCUGGGCGUGACUGUGGAGAUCCGUCGGGAGUACCCCAGCCGGGUGCUGGUGGACGGCGUCCUCUACUACCUGCCUUACCAGGCGGCUGGCGGCCAGAUACACAUUUACCGCCAAGGUAAAGAUGCCGUGGUGCGCACAAACUUCGGUCUGACAGUCACCUACGACUGGAAGAGUCGGGUGAUCGCCAAGGUGCCAAGCAGCUAUGCCGGGGCCCUGUGUGGGCUCUGCGGGAACUUCGAUGGGGACGCAAGUAACGAGCUGACCCUGCGAGGUGGCGGCAAGACCACCAGUGUUCUGGAGUUUGGAAACAGUUGGCAGGAAGAGACCACGCCAGGCUGCGGUGCCUCUGAGCCCGGCAACUGUACCGACCUGGAGAGCCUGGUGGCUGAGCAGCUGGCGAACAAUACGGAGUGUGGGAUCAUUGCCGACCCUAACGGGCCCUUCCAGGAGUGCCACUCGGUGCUGGACCCCCUCGGUGCUGUGCAUGACUGCGUCUAUGACCGCUGCCUGGUGCCUGGAGACUCUUCCUUGUGUGAUGCCUUGGCUGCUUACGCUGCUGCGUGCCAGGCUGCCGGGAUCACCGUGUACCCCUGGAGGAACGAGAGCUUUUGCCCGAUGUUGUGCCCGCCCCACAGCCACUAUGAGCUGUGCUCCACGGGCUGCCCACUGUCCUGCGGUGAGCUGCCGGUGCCCGGGGGCUGCGGCCAGGACUGCCACGAGGACUGCGUGUGCGACGAGGGCUUCGUGCUGAGUGGCGACAUCUGCGUGCCCCGGAACAACUGCGGCUGCGUCUACCAGGGCGCCUACUACCCGCCCGGCCACACCUUCUACCCCGGCCCCAACUGCAGCUCCCUGUGCCACUGCCAGCAGGACGGCGUGGUGUCCUGCCAGGCCGCCAGCUGUGGCCCGCACGAGGCCUGCCGGCCCAGCAACGGUGCGCUGGGCUGCGUCUCGGUGGGCUCAGUCACCUGCCAGGCGUCGGGAGACCCCCACUACACCACCUUCGAUGGCCGCCGCUUCGACUUCAUGGGCGCCUGCCUGUACGUACUCGCAAGCACGUGCAAGGACCGGCCCGGCCUGCCGCAGGUCCCCAGCCUGCCCCAGUUCACAGUCCUGCAGGAAAACAUGCACUGGAACGGGAACCGCGUGAGCGUGACCAAGGCCAUCACCGUGAUUGUAGGGAACUACACCAUGCGGCUGGAGCAGAAGCUGUGGAAGGUCAAGGUGAACGGAGUGAUCAUGAACCUGCCGGUGGUGCUGGACAACGGCAAGAUCCAUAUCUUCAAGCACGGCAAGGACGCGGUGAUCGAGACCAGCUUCGGCCUGCGCGUGGCCUACGACCUCAAGUACAACGUGCGGGUCACCGUCCCGGGCAGCUACUACCAGCAGCUGUGCGGCCUGUGUGGCGACUAUAACGGCGACCCCAAGGAUGAUUUCCAGAAGCCCAAUGGCUCCCUGGCCAGCAACCCCAACGACUUCGGCAACUCGUGGGAGCAGAAGGUGCCCGGCUCGCCAUGCCUGCCGCCGCCCCCCACCACCUGCCAGCCCGGCGGGGACUGCGGGGAGGGUGAGAUGUGCACACCCCAGCAGCAGCAGCAGUUCCAGCAGGACGGUUUCUGCGGCUUCCUCACCAAGCCAAACGGGCCACUGGCUGCCUGCCACUCGCUCAUCGACCCUCAGGGGGCCCUGCAGGACUGCGUGUUCGACAUGUGCGCGGGCAAUGGGGACAAAGACAUCCUCUGCUCCAGCAUCCAGGACUAUGUGAGUGCCUGCCAGGCCGCAGGGGGCCAAGUGAAGCCCUGGAGGAACGAGUCAUUCUGCCCCAUGACCUGUCCCCCCAACAGCCACUAUGAGAUCUGUGCAGACACCUGCUCCCUGCAGUGCGCCGCUCUCAGCGAGCCCCAGAAUUGCCCCGACAGCUGUGCUGAGGGCUGCCAGUGUGACACUGGCUUUCUCAACAGUGGUCAGGACUGCGUGCCCACACAGGACUGUGGCUGCUACCACAACGGCAUCUACUAUAAGCCAAACACGACCGUGCUCCUGGACAAGUGCCGUCGCCGCUGCGUCUGUGACGGCGCCACCCACCAGAUGCACUGCAGUGACACCCAGGGCUGCCCAGAUGGAGAGCAGUGCCUCAUCCAGAAUGGCAUCCUGGGUUGCUACCCCGAAAGCCUCGGAACCUGCCAGGCCACCGGAGACCCACACUACUUGACCUUCGAUGGCCGGCGCUUGAACUUCAUGGGCACCUGCAUAUACCUGCUGACCGGCUUGUGCAACCAGACCUCCGGGCUGACCGCCUUCCGUGUGCUGGUGGAGAAUGAACAUCGUGGCAACCCGACCGUAAGCUACACGCGCGCUGUGCGCGUGGAGACCCUGGGCGUGACUGUGGAGAUCCGUCGGGAGUACCCCAGCCGGGUGCUGGUGGACGGCGUCCUCUACUACCUGCCUUACCAGGCGGCUGGCGGGCAGAUACACAUUUACCGCCAAGGUAAAGAUGCCGUGGUGCGCACAAACUUCGGUCUGACAGUCACCUACGACUGGAAGAGUCGGGUGAUCGCCAAGGUGCCAAGCAGCUAUGCCGGGGCCCUGUGUGGGCUCUGCGGGAACUUCGAUGGGGACGCAAGUAACGAGCUGACCCUGCGAGGUGGCGGCAAGACCACCAGUGUUCUGGAGUUUGGAAACAGUUGGCAGGAAGAGACCACGCCAGGCUGCGGUGCCUCUGAGCCCGGCAACUGUACCGACCUGGAGAGCCUGGUGGCUGAGCAGCUGGCGAACAAUACGGAGUGUGGGAUCAUUGCCGACCCUAACGGGCCCUUCCAGGAGUGCCACUCGGUGCUGGACCCCCUCGGUGCUGUGCAUGACUGCGUCUAUGACCGCUGCCUGGUGCCUGGAGACUCUUCCUUGUGUGAUGCCUUGGCUGCUUACGCUGCUGCGUGCCAGGCUGCCGGGAUCACCGUGUACCCCUGGAGGAACGAGAGCUUUUGCCCGAUGUUGUGCCCGCCCCACAGCCACUAUGAGCUGUGCUCCACGGGCUGCCCACUGUCCUGCGGUGAGCUGCCGGUGCCCGGGGGCUGCGGCCAGGACUGCCACGAGGACUGCGUGUGCGACGAGGGCUUCGUGCUGAGUGGCGACAUCUGCGUGCCCCGGAACAACUGCGGCUGCGUCUACCAGGGCGCCUACUACCCGCCCGGCCACACCUUCUACCCCGGCCCCAACUGCAGCUCCCUGUGCCACUGCCAGCAGGACGGCGUGGUGUCCUGCCAGGCCGCCAGCUGUGGCCCGCACGAGGCCUGCCGGCCCAGCAACGGUGCGCUGGGCUGCGUCUCGGUGGGCUCAGUCACCUGCCAGGCGUCGGGAGACCCCCACUACACCACCUUCGAUGGCCGCCGCUUCGACUUCAUGGGCGCCUGCCUGUACGUACUCGCAAGCACGUGCAAGGACCGGCCCGGCCUGCCGCAGGUCCCCAGCCUGCCCCAGUUCACAGUCCUGCAGGAAAACAUGCACUGGAACGGGAACCGCGUGAGCGUGACCAAGGCCAUCACCGUGAUUGUAGGGAACUACACCAUGCGGCUGGAGCAGAAGCUGUGGAAGGUCAAGGUGAACGGAGUGAUCAUGAACCUGCCGGUGGUGCUGGACAACGGCAAGAUCCAUAUCUUCAAGCACGGCAAGGACGCGGUGAUCGAGACCAGCUUCGGCCUGCGCGUGGCCUACGACCUCAAGUACAACGUGCGGGUCACCGUCCCGGGCAGCUACUACCAGCAGCUGUGCGGCCUGUGUGGCGACUAUAACGGCGACCCCAAGGAUGAUUUCCAGAAGCCCAAUGGCUCCCUGGCCAGCAACCCCAACGACUUCGGCAACUCGUGGGAGCAGAAGGUGCCCGGCUCGCCAUGCCUGCCGCCGCCCCCCACCACCUGCCAGCCCGGCGGGGACUGCGGGGAGGGUGAGAUGUGCACACCCCAGCAGCAGCAGCAGUUCCAGCAGGACGGUUUCUGCGGCUUCCUCACCAAGCCAAACGGGCCACUGGCUGCCUGCCACUCGCUCAUCGACCCUCAGGGGGCCCUGCAGGACUGCGUGUUCGACAUGUGCGCGGGCAAUGGGGACAAAGACAUCCUCUGCUCCAGCAUCCAGGACUAUGUGAGUGCCUGCCAGGCCGCAGGGGGCCAAGUGAAGCCCUGGAGGAACGAGUCAUUCUGCCCCAUGACCUGUCCCCCCAACAGCCACUAUGAGAUCUGUGCAGACACCUGCUCCCUGCAGUGCGCCGCUCUCAGCGAGCCCCAGAAUUGCCCCGACAGCUGUGCUGAGGGCUGCCAGUGUGACACUGGCUUUCUCAACAGUGGUCAGGACUGCGUGCCCACACAGGACUGUGGCUGCUACCACAACGGCAUCUACUAUAAGCCAAACACGACCGUGCUCCUGGACAAGUGCCGUCGCCGCUGCGUCUGUGACGGCGCCACCCACCAGAUGCACUGCAGUGACACCCAGGGCUGCCCAGAUGGAGAGCAGUGCCUCAUCCAGAAUGGCAUCCUGGGUUGCUACCCCGAAAGCCUCGGAACCUGCCAGGCCACCGGAGACCCACACUACUUGACCUUCGAUGGCCGGCGCUUGAACUUCAUGGGCACCUGCAUAUACCUGCUGACCGGCUUGUGCAACCAGACCUCCGGGCUGACCGCCUUCCGUGUGCUGGUGGAGAAUGAACAUCGUGGCAACCCGACCGUAAGCUACACGCGCGCUGUGCGCGUGGAGACCCUGGGCGUGACUGUGGAGAUCCGUCGGGAGUACCCCAGCCGGGUGCUGGUGGACGGCGUCCUCUACUACCUGCCUUACCAGGCGGCUGGCGGGCAGAUACACAUUUACCGCCAAGGUAAAGAUGCCGUGGUGCGCACAAACUUCGGUCUGACAGUCACCUACGACUGGAAGAGUCGGGUGAUCGCCAAGGUGCCAAGCAGCUAUGCCGGGGCCCUGUGUGGGCUCUGCGGGAACUUCGAUGGGGACGCAAGUAACGAGCUGACCCUGCGAGGUGGCGGCAAGACCACCAGUGUUCUGGAGUUUGGAAACAGUUGGCAGGAAGAGACCACGCCAGGCUGCGGUGCCUCUGAGCCCGGCAACUGUACCGACCUGGAGAGCCUGGUGGCUGAGCAGCUGGCGAACAAUACGGAGUGUGGGAUCAUUGCCGACCCUAACGGGCCCUUCCAGGAGUGCCACUCGGUGCUGGACCCCCUCGGUGCUGUGCAUGACUGCGUCUAUGACCGCUGCCUGGUGCCUGGAGACUCUUCCUUGUGUGAUGCCUUGGCUGCUUACGCUGCUGCGUGCCAGGCUGCCGGGAUCACCGUGUACCCCUGGAGGAACGAGAGCUUUUGCCCGAUGUUGUGCCCGCCCCACAGCCACUAUGAGCUGUGCUCCACGGGCUGCCCACUGUCCUGCGGUGAGCUGCCGGUGCCCGGGGGCUGCGGCCAGGACUGCCACGAGGACUGCGUGUGCGACGAGGGCUUCGUGCUGAGUGGCGACAUCUGCGUGCCCCGGAACAACUGCGGCUGCGUCUACCAGGGCGCCUACUACCCGCCCGGCCACACCUUCUACCCCGGCCCCAACUGCAGCUCCCUGUGCCACUGCCAGCAGGACGGCGUGGUGUCCUGCCAGGCCGCCAGCUGUGGCCCGCACGAGGCCUGCCGGCCCAGCAACGGUGCGCUGGGCUGCGUCUCGGUGGGCUCAGUCACCUGCCAGGCGUCGGGAGACCCCCACUACACCACCUUCGAUGGCCGCCGCUUCGACUUCAUGGGCGCCUGCCUGUACGUACUCGCAAGCACGUGCAAGGACCGGCCCGGCCUGCCGCAGGUCCCCAGCCUGCCCCAGUUCACAGUCCUGCAGGAAAACAUGCACUGGAACGGGAACCGCGUGAGCGUGACCAAGGCCAUCACCGUGAUUGUAGGGAACUACACCAUGCGGCUGGAGCAGAAGCUGUGGAAGGUCAAGGUGAACGGAGUGAUCAUGAACCUGCCGGUGGUGCUGGACAACGGCAAGAUCCAUAUCUUCAAGCACGGCAAGGACGCGGUGAUCGAGACCAGCUUCGGCCUGCGCGUGGCCUACGACCUCAAGUACAACGUGCGGGUCACCGUCCCGGGCAGCUACUACCAGCAGCUGUGCGGCCUGUGUGGCGACUAUAACGGCGACCCCAAGGAUGAUUUCCAGAAGCCCAAUGGCUCCCUGGCCAGCAACCCCAACGACUUCGGCAACUCGUGGGAGCAGAAGGUGCCCGGCUCGCCAUGCCUGCCGCCGCCCCCCACCACCUGCCAGCCCGGCGGGGACUGCGGGGAGGGUGAGAUGUGCACACCCCAGCAGCAGCAGCAGUUCCAGCAGGACGGUUUCUGCGGCUUCCUCACCAAGCCAAACGGGCCACUGGCUGCCUGCCACUCGCUCAUCGACCCUCAGGGGGCCCUGCAGGACUGCGUGUUCGACAUGUGCGCGGGCAAUGGGGACAAAGACAUCCUCUGCUCCAGCAUCCAGGACUAUGUGAGUGCCUGCCAGGCCGCAGGGGGCCAAGUGAAGCCCUGGAGGAACGAGUCAUUCUGCCCCAUGACCUGUCCCCCCAACAGCCACUAUGAGAUCUGUGCAGACACCUGCUCCCUGCAGUGCGCCGCUCUCAGCGAGCCCCAGAAUUGCCCCGACAGCUGUGCUGAGGGCUGCCAGUGUGACACUGGCUUUCUCAACAGUGGUCAGGACUGCGUGCCCACACAGGACUGUGGCUGCUACCACAACGGCAUCUACUAUAAGCCAAACACGACCGUGCUCCUGGACAAGUGCCGUCGCCGCUGCGUCUGUGACGGCGCCACCCACCAGAUGCACUGCAGUGACACCCAGGGCUGCCCAGAUGGAGAGCAGUGCCUCAUCCAGAAUGGCAUCCUGGGUUGCUACCCCGAAAGCCUCGGAACCUGCCAGGCCACCGGAGACCCACACUACUUGACCUUCGAUGGCCGGCGCUUGAACUUCAUGGGCACCUGCAUAUACCUGCUGACCGGCUUGUGCAACCAGACCUCCGGGCUGACCGCCUUCCGUGUGCUGGUGGAGAAUGAACAUCGUGGCAACCCGACCGUAAGCUACACGCGCGCUGUGCGCGUGGAGACCCUGGGCGUGACUGUGGAGAUCCGUCGGGAGUACCCCAGCCGGGUGCUGGUGGACGGCGUCCUCUACUACCUGCCUUACCAGGCGGCUGGCGGGCAGAUACACAUUUACCGCCAAGGUAAAGAUGCCGUGGUGCGCACAAACUUCGGUCUGACAGUCACCUACGACUGGAAGAGUCGGGUGAUCGCCAAGGUGCCAAGCAGCUAUGCCGGGGCCCUGUGUGGGCUCUGCGGGAACUUCGAUGGGGACGCAAGUAACGAGCUGACCCUGCGAGGUGGCGGCAAGACCACCAGUGUUCUGGAGUUUGGAAACAGUUGGCAGGAAGAGACCACGCCAGGCUGCGGUGCCUCUGAGCCCGGCAACUGUACCGACCUGGAGAGCCUGGUGGCUGAGCAGCUGGCGAACAAUACGGAGUGUGGGAUCAUUGCCGACCCUAACGGGCCCUUCCAGGAGUGCCACUCGGUGCUGGACCCCCUCGGUGCUGUGCAUGACUGCGUCUAUGACCGCUGCCUGGUGCCUGGAGACUCUUCCUUGUGUGAUGCCUUGGCUGCUUACGCUGCUGCGUGCCAGGCUGCCGGGAUCACCGUGUACCCCUGGAGGAACGAGAGCUUUUGCCCGAUGUUGUGCCCGCCCCACAGCCACUAUGAGCUGUGCUCCACGGGCUGCCCACUGUCCUGCGGUGAGCUGCCGGUGCCCGGGGGCUGCGGCCAGGACUGCCACGAGGACUGCGUGUGCGACGAGGGCUUCGUGCUGAGUGGCGACAUCUGCGUGCCCCGGAACAACUGCGGCUGCGUCUACCAGGGCGCCUACUACCCGCCCGGCCACACCUUCUACCCCGGCCCCAACUGCAGCUCCCUGUGCCACUGCCAGCAGGACGGCGUGGUGUCCUGCCAGGCCGCCAGCUGUGGCCCGCACGAGGCCUGCCGGCCCAGCAACGGUGCGCUGGGCUGCGUCUCGGUGGGCUCAGUCACCUGCCAGGCGUCGGGAGACCCCCACUACACCACCUUCGAUGGCCGCCGCUUCGACUUCAUGGGCGCCUGCCUGUACGUACUCGCAAGCACGUGCAAGGACCGGCCCGGCCUGCCGCAGGUCCCCAGCCUGCCCCAGUUCACAGUCCUGCAGGAAAACAUGCACUGGAACGGGAACCGCGUGAGCGUGACCAAGGCCAUCACCGUGAUUGUAGGGAACUACACCAUGCGGCUGGAGCAGAAGCUGUGGAAGGUCAAGGUGAACGGAGUGAUCAUGAACCUGCCGGUGGUGCUGGACAACGGCAAGAUCCAUAUCUUCAAGCACGGCAAGGACGCGGUGAUCGAGACCAGCUUCGGCCUGCGCGUGGCCUACGACCUCAAGUACAACGUGCGGGUCACCGUCCCGGGCAGCUACUACCAGCAGCUGUGCGGCCUGUGUGGCGACUAUAACGGCGACCCCAAGGAUGAUUUCCAGAAGCCCAAUGGCUCCCUGGCCAGCAACCCCAACGACUUCGGCAACUCGUGGGAGCAGAAGGUGCCCGGCUCGCCAUGCCUGCCGCCGCCCCCCACCACCUGCCAGCCCGGCGGGGACUGCGGGGAGGGUGAGAUGUGCACACCCCAGCAGCAGCAGCAGUUCCAGCAGGACGGUUUCUGCGGCUUCCUCACCAAGCCAAACGGGCCACUGGCUGCCUGCCACUCGCUCAUCGACCCUCAGGGGGCCCUGCAGGACUGCGUGUUCGACAUGUGCGCGGGCAAUGGGGACAAAGACAUCCUCUGCUCCAGCAUCCAGGACUAUGUGAGUGCCUGCCAGGCCGCAGGGGGCCAAGUGAAGCCCUGGAGGAACGAGUCAUUCUGCCCCAUGACCUGUCCCCCCAACAGCCACUAUGAGAUCUGUGCAGACACCUGCUCCCUGCAGUGCGCCGCUCUCAGCGAGCCCCAGAAUUGCCCCGACAGCUGUGCUGAGGGCUGCCAGUGUGACACUGGCUUUCUCAACAGUGGUCAGGACUGCGUGCCCACACAGGACUGUGGCUGCUACCACAACGGCAUCUACUAUAAGCCAAACACGACCGUGCUCCUGGACAAGUGCCGUCGCCGCUGCGUCUGUGACGGCGCCACCCACCAGAUGCACUGCAGUGACACCCAGGGCUGCCCAGAUGGAGAGCAGUGCCUCAUCCAGAAUGGCAUCCUGGGUUGCUACCCCGAAAGCCUCGGAACCUGCCAGGCCACCGGAGACCCACACUACUUGACCUUCGAUGGCCGGCGCUUGAACUUCAUGGGCACCUGCAUAUACCUGCUGACCGGCUUGUGCAACCAGACCUCCGGGCUGACCGCCUUCCGUGUGCUGGUGGAGAAUGAACAUCGUGGCAACCCGACCGUAAGCUACACGCGCGCUGUGCGCGUGGAGACCCUGGGCGUGACUGUGGAGAUCCGUCGGGAGUACCCCAGCCGGGUGCUGGUGGACGGCGUCCUCUACUACCUGCCUUACCAGGCGGCUGGCGGGCAGAUACACAUUUACCGCCAAGGUAAAGAUGCCGUGGUGCGCACAAACUUCGGUCUGACAGUCACCUACGACUGGAAGAGUCGGGUGAUCGCCAAGGUGCCAAGCAGCUAUGCCGGGGCCCUGUGUGGGCUCUGCGGGAACUUCGAUGGGGACGCAAGUAACGAGCUGACCCUGCGAGGUGGCGGCAAGACCACCAGUGUUCUGGAGUUUGGAAACAGUUGGCAGGAAGAGACCACGCCAGGCUGCGGUGCCUCUGAGCCCGGCAACUGUACCGACCUGGAGAGCCUGGUGGCUGAGCAGCUGGCGAACAAUACGGAGUGUGGGAUCAUUGCCGACCCUAACGGGCCCUUCCAGGAGUGCCACUCGGUGCUGGACCCCCUCGGUGCUGUGCAUGACUGCGUCUAUGACCGCUGCCUGGUGCCUGGAGACUCUUCCUUGUGUGAUGCCUUGGCUGCUUACGCUGCUGCGUGCCAGGCUGCCGGGAUCACCGUGUACCCCUGGAGGAACGAGAGCUUUUGCCCGAUGUUGUGCCCGCCCCACAGCCACUAUGAGCUGUGCUCCACGGGCUGCCCACUGUCCUGCGGUGAGCUGCCGGUGCCCGGGGGCUGCGGCCAGGACUGCCACGAGGACUGCGUGUGCGACGAGGGCUUCGUGCUGAGUGGCGACAUCUGCGUGCCCCGGAACAACUGCGGCUGCGUCUACCAGGGCGCCUACUACCCGCCCGGCCACACCUUCUACCCCGGCCCCAACUGCAGCUCCCUGUGCCACUGCCAGCAGGACGGCGUGGUGUCCUGCCAGGCCGCCAGCUGUGGCCCGCACGAGGCCUGCCGGCCCAGCAACGGUGCGCUGGGCUGCGUCUCGGUGGGCUCAGUCACCUGCCAGGCGUCGGGAGACCCCCACUACACCACCUUCGAUGGCCGCCGCUUCGACUUCAUGGGCGCCUGCCUGUACGUACUCGCAAGCACGUGCAAGGACCGGCCCGGCCUGCCGCAGGUCCCCAGCCUGCCCCAGUUCACAGUCCUGCAGGAAAACAUGCACUGGAACGGGAACCGCGUGAGCGUGACCAAGGCCAUCACCGUGAUUGUAGGGAACUACACCAUGCGGCUGGAGCAGAAGCUGUGGAAGGUCAAGGUGAACGGAGUGAUCAUGAACCUGCCGGUGGUGCUGGACAACGGCAAGAUCCAUAUCUUCAAGCACGGCAAGGACGCGGUGAUCGAGACCAGCUUCGGCCUGCGCGUGGCCUACGACCUCAAGUACAACGUGCGGGUCACCGUCCCGGGCAGCUACUACCAGCAGCUGUGCGGCCUGUGUGGCGACUAUAACGGCGACCCCAAGGAUGAUUUCCAGAAGCCCAAUGGCUCCCUGGCCAGCAACCCCAACGACUUCGGCAACUCGUGGGAGCAGAAGGUGCCCGGCUCGCCAUGCCUGCCGCCGCCCCCCACCACCUGCCAGCCCGGCGGGGACUGCGGGGAGGGUGAGAUGUGCACACCCCAGCAGCAGCAGCAGUUCCAGCAGGACGGUUUCUGCGGCUUCCUCACCAAGCCAAACGGGCCACUGGCUGCCUGCCACUCGCUCAUCGACCCUCAGGGGGCCCUGCAGGACUGCGUGUUCGACAUGUGCGCGGGCAAUGGGGACAAAGACAUCCUCUGCUCCAGCAUCCAGGACUAUGUGAGUGCCUGCCAGGCCGCAGGGGGCCAAGUGAAGCCCUGGAGGAACGAGUCAUUCUGCCCCAUGACCUGUCCCCCCAACAGCCACUAUGAGAUCUGUGCAGACACCUGCUCCCUGCAGUGCGCCGCUCUCAGCGAGCCCCAGAAUUGCCCCGACAGCUGUGCUGAGGGCUGCCAGUGUGACACUGGCUUUCUCAACAGUGGUCAGGACUGCGUGCCCACACAGGACUGUGGCUGCUACCACAACGGCAUCUACUAUAAGCCAAACACGACCGUGCUCCUGGACAAGUGCCGGAAGCAGUGUGUGUGCCACGGUGGCAAAGGCAUGGUGUGCCAGAAGCACAGCUGCCAGCCGCAUGAAGUGUGCAAGCCCUCAGGAGGUGUCCUGAGUUGUAUCAGCAAAGACCCGUGCCACAAUGUCACUUGCAGACCCCAUGAGAAGUGCCAGGUGAAAGAUGGCCAAGCCGUGUGUGUGCCCAAAUACCAGGCCGUGUGCUUGCUCUGGGGAGACCCCCACUACAAGUCCUUCGAUGGCCGGAAAUUCGACUUCCAGGGUACCUGCGACUACGUGCUGGCCACCACUGAGUGCCCGACAAGCACUGCCACAGGCCUGACCCCCUUCACCAUCACCACCAAGAACGAGAACCGUGGCAACCCCUCCGUGUCCUUCGUGAGGCAGGUCACCGUGAGCACGCUUGGCGUCAACAUCUCCAUCUACAGAAAUGAGAUUGGCAAAGUCCGGGUGAACCAAGUGCUCACAGCCCUGCCAGUCUCCGAGGCCGGCGGGCGCAUUUCUGUGACCCAGACCACUGGCAAUGCCUUGCUGGUCACCGACUUCGGGCUGCAGGUCACCUACGAUUGGAACUGGCGGGUUGAGGUGAAGCUGCCCAGCAGCUACUAUGAUGCCGUGUGCGGGCUCUGCGGGAACAUGGACCGCAACGUCAGCAACGACCAGGCCUUCCCCAAUGGCACCCUGGCUCCCUCGAUCCCCGCGUGGGGCGGCAGCUGGAGAGUCCCCGGCUGGGACCCACUCUGCUGGGACGAGUGUCAGGGCUCCUGCCCAUCCUGCACCGGGGACCAGAUGGAUCAGUAUGAAGGCCCCGGCUUCUGCGGCCCCCUGGUCUCUGGCUCCGGAAGCCCCUUCGCCAGCUGCCAUGCCCACGUGCCUCCCGAGAGCUACUUCAAGGACUGUGUCACGGAUGUGUGCUUCGGUGGUGGAGCCCACAACAUACUCUGCCAGGCUCUGGCUGCCUAUGCUGCCGCCUGCCAGGCCGCGGGGGUGGUCCUCGGGGACUGGAGGAAGCAGCUUGGCUGUGAGAUGUCCUGCCCCCAGAACAGCCACUACGAGCCCUGCGGCCCCCCCUGCCCGGCCAGCUGCCCCUCUCCUGUCCCGCCCCCCGGGCCCGCCCUGUGCGACGGCCCCUGUGUCGAGGGCUGCCAGUGUAACAAAGGCUUCGUUCUGAGCGCCGGCAAGUGCGUGCCCCUGGACAGCGGCUGCGGCUGCUGGGCCAACGGCUCUUACCACGAGGCUGGCAGUGAAUUCUGGGCCGACAGCACCUGCUCCCAGCGCUGCCGCUGCGGCCCCGGUGGCAGCUCCGUGGUCUGCUCGCCCGCCAGCUGUGGGCUGGGUGAAGAAUGUGCCCUGCUGCCCUCCGGCCAGCUCGGCUGCCGCCCGGUCAGCACGGCUGAGUGUGAGGCCUGGGGCGACCCCCACUACGUCACGCUGGACGGGCACCGAUACGACUUCCAGGGCACCUGUGAGUACCUGCUGAGCGGGCCCUGCCACGAUCUGCCUCAGGGCCUGGAGAACUUCACCGUCACGGUCGCCAACGAGCACCGCGGCAGCCAGGCCGUGAGCUACACCCGCAGCGCCAGCCUCUACAUCUACAACCACAACCUGACCGUCAGCGCCCGCUGGCCCCGCCAGCUGCUGGUGGAUGGCGUGCUGGUCGCACUGCCCUUCCAGCUGGGCUCGCGCCUGCAGGCGUACCUGAGCGGCAACAACGUGGUGGUGACAGCUGCCAACGGACUCUCCAUGACCUAUGACGGCAACAGCAUCGUGCGCCUGCGCGUGCCCGCAGCGUACAAGGGCACCCUCUGUGGCCUGUGCGGAAACUACAACCAGAAUGCAACGGACGACCCACAGGCUGUGGGCAAGAACCCCGGCCAGUGGCAGGUGGGCGGUGCCCCAGGCUGCGACAAGUGCGUGCCCGGGCCGUGCCCGCCACAGUGCACACCGGAACAGCAGGCACAGUUUGCUGGACCCGACGCUUGCGGUAUCAUCUCAGCUCCCAACGGCCCGCUGGCACCCUGCCACCACCUCGUGCCACCUAAGCACUACUUUGAGGCCUGUUUGCUGGAUGCCUGCCAGGCACAGGGCCACCCGGGAGGCCUCUGUCCAGCAGUGGCCGCCUACGUAGCCGCCUGCCAGGCCGCUGGGGCCCAGAUCGACGAGUGGAGACGUCCUGACUUCUGUCCCCUCCAGUGCCCGGCCAACAGCCACUACCAGCUCUGUGGGAACUCCUGCCCCAUCAGCUGCCCAAGCCUGUCCGCCCCAGAGGGCUGUGAGCCAGCCUGCCGCGAGGGCUGCGUGUGCGACGCCGGCUUCGUACUCAGCGGGGACACCUGCGUGCCCGUGGGCCAGUGCGGCUGCCUCCACGAGGGCCGCUACUACCCUCUGGGCGAGACCUUCUACCCUGGGCCCGAGUGCGGGCGGCGCUGUGAGUGCAAGUCGGGCGGCCAGGUGCAGUGCCAGGAGGGCACCACGUGCAGACCCUACGAGGAGUGCCGGGUGCAGGACGGCGUCCAGGCCUGCUUCCCUACCGGCUGUGGCCGCUGUGUGGCCAGCGGGGGAGUCCACUACAUCACCCUGGACGGCCGCGUCUAUGACCUGCACGGCUCCUGCUCCUAUGUCCUGGCCCGGGUCUGCCGACCUCAGCCCGGGGACGAGGACUUCUCCAUCGUGCUCGAGAAGGACGCAGCUGGGGAAGUCCAGCGCCUGCUGGUAACGGUAUCCGGCCUGGCCGUGAGCCUGGCCCGGGGGCCACAGGUGACUGUGGACGGCGAAGUGGUAACCCUGCCGGUGGCUGUGGGCUCGGUGCGGGUGACCUCCGAGGGCCGGAACAUGAUUCUGCAGACCACCGAGGGGCUGCGGCUUCUCUACGACGGCGAUGCCUACGUCCUCAUCUCCAUCCCCAGCCCCUUCCGGAACCGCGUGUGCGGUCUCUGCGGCAACUUCAACGGCAACUGGAGCGAUGACCUGACACUGCCCAACGGCCAGCCGGCCGCCAAUGUGGACGCCUUCGGAAAGGCCUGGCGCGCGCCCGACUCCCCGAAGGGCUGCACCAAUGGCUGUGGGCCCCAGGGCUGCCCCGUGUGCCUGGCCGAGCAGACCGCCCCCUACGAGAGCUCGCAGGUCUGUGGGCGCCUCAAGGACCCCAACGGCCCCUUCAAGGCCUGCCACAGCGUGCUGAGCCCCUCGGAGUACUUCCGCCAGUGUGUGUACGACCUAUGCGUCCACAAGGGCAACCUCACCUACCUGUGCCGCAGCCUCGCCGCCUACACGGCUGCCUGCCAGGCGGCUGGCAUAGAGGUGAAGCCCUGGAGAAACGACAGCUUCUGCCCGCUGAAGUGCCCGGCCAACAGCCACUACUCCAUCUGCACCCACACAUGCCAGAGCUCGUGUGCUGGUCUCUCCGGCCUCACGGGCUGCACGGGCCGCUGCUUUGAGGGCUGCGAGUGCAACGAUCGCUUCCUGCUCUCCCAGGGCGUCUGUGUCCCUGCCCAGGACUGCGGCUGCUCUGUGGACGGCCAAUACUUGCCGGCCAACACCUCUCUGCUGACCUCGGACUGCAGCAAGCGCUGCUCCUGCUCUGCCACGGGCGUCCUGAGCUGCAAGGCGUUCGGCUGCCCGAAGAAUCUCACCUGUGAAGUCCAUGCCGGGUCCCGGGACUGCUGGCCCCCCCAUGGUCUCUGUUCCCUCUCCCCGGGCGGCAAACUCACCACCUUCGACGGCUUCAAAAACACCAUCACCUCCCCUGACGUCUAUGAGGUGUCCUCCCGCUGCCCGGGACACAAGGACAUCCCCUGGUACCGAGUGCUGGCCGACGUGCGCAAGUGCCGUGACCAGCUAGAGGCUGUGCGCCUGGUACAUGUCUUCUUCCAGGACGGGCUGGUGACCGUGACCCCCAACAAGGGCGUGUGGGUGAACGGUGUCCGGGUGAAUCUGCCCGCCAAGGUGCUGACAUCCGUCUCAGUGACCCUUCAGCCCGAUGGCUCGGUGGUGGUGGAGCAGAAGGGAGGAGUUCGGGUCCAGUUCCAGCGCAGCGGGAAGGUGGAUGUGAUGGUCGGGGAGAAACACGCGGGCAUGCUGUGUGGGGCCUGUGGAAACUUUGAUGGCAACCAAGCCAACGACAAACCCCAAGACCAGGCCCAGUUGGAGAGCUGGAUAGCGCCUGACUUCUCCUCCUGCCAUGUCUGAUCUGCUGGACAAGAGGACUUCAGGACGUGAUUUCCAGGACGUGAUCUCCCUGGACCCUGCGUCCUCUCAGUCUGCCCCUUGUCUGUAGUGUUUCCCACCCACCCCUACCCCUGAG